GACCACGCCGAGGAGUGAGUGGGGCGGAGCUGCGCGUGCGCAGGGCCGAGGCGCGCCCCUGGCGGCCGUUGAAAAAUGGCGACUGUCGCGGAGUUGAAGGCUGUUUUAAAGGACACCUUGGAAAAAAAAGGGGUAUUAGGGCAUUUAAAAGCAAGGAUCCGAGCCGAAGUUUUCAGUGCCCUGGAUGAUGACCGUGAACCCCGACCAUCAUUGUCUCAUGAAAACCUUCUAAUUAAUGAAUUAAUUCGGGAGUAUUUAGAAUUCAACAAAUAUAAGUAUACCGCAUCUGUCCUCAUAGCAGAAUCUGGUCAACCUGUAGUUCCAUUGGACAGACAGUUUCUCAUCCAUGAACUAAAUGCAUUUGAAGAAUCAAAGGAUAAUACAAUACCUCUUUUAUAUGGGAUUUUAGCCCAUUUCUUGCACGGAACUAAGGAUGGCAUCCAGAAUGCAUUUCUGAAAGGACCUUCACUUCAGCCUCCAGACCCAAGUCUUGGCAGACAACCUAGCAGAAGAAAGCCAGUGGAUGAUCACCUAAGAAAGGAGGAGCGGAAAAGUGCUAACAUUGAAGAUCUUCAUGUUUCUCAGGCAGUACACAGAUGAUGCUUCAUUUUGGGUAUCUUUUAUCUUAAAAUUAUAUGGAUUAAAUAACUUAUUUAUUGUCCAAGUGUUACCAAAAUGCACUGCUAGUGUCUGUAGAAAUUUUAGUUUCUACAAAACACACCUCAUGUUUAACUACGUCUGUGAAUAAAAGCCAACUCUGUCAUCUAGAUUAUUGGAUUUCACUUGAAAAAAAUAUAUAUUGUUUUUAGGAAGUAUUGGGGUUUUUUUUGGUUUUAUUUUUUGUUUUUGAGACGGAGUCUCGCUGUGUCACCCAGGCUGGAGUGCAGUGGCACGAUCUCGGCUCACUGCAGCCUCUGCCUCCCGGAUUCAAGCGAUUCUUCUGCUUCAGCCUCCCGCAAGUACCUGGAACAACAGGCCUGUGCCACCACACCCGGCUAAUUUUUGUAUUUUUAGUAGACAUGGGGUUUUACCAUAUUGGCCAGGCGGGUCUCGAACUUCAGACCUCAAGUGAUCUGCCUCUCUUGGCUUCCCAAAGUGCUGGGAAUACAGGCGUGAGCCGCCUAGCCUGGCCAUUUAGGAAGUAUUAUAAAGGCCCUUCAAGUUUGUAAGGAAAUGAAAGGGCUUUCUUUGUAUUACCUUUUCAAUAGGCAACAAUGUACUUUUUCUUUUCUUAGACUAUUUUGGCAUCUACUAGAAGAUUUAAUUAAAAGGUAGAAGGGAAAUAAAUUUGCUGUAACAAUUUUGCUGUAAAUAAUACAAAGAGUUUAUUUUAUUAGAUAAAGAAUAUGAAGUAAGCAUGAAGAGACAGGCUUUGGGAGAAAUACCAGAAAGUGAUUUUUCAAAGAUGGCAUUGUUUAACCUCCAUGUGGCCCAGGAUGUGCAGUCAGCAGUGAGCCAGGAGAGGGCCAGCCCCCUACUUGUUUGGGCUCCAAAACUUUUAUUAAAUAUCAAUUUUUAUUCUUGGUAUAAAAAAAUCAAAUGUGCUAUCUAAUACACUACUUUGAUAUUUAUUAAAGUUUUUAAUGUAGUGUCCACAGGCUCAUUUCAUUGAAAACAACUGACUGUGGUGGUAGACAGCUCCUGAUUGGCAGAAGUCCUAUAGUGUAUUCAGAAUUAAACUUUGCCUGGGCACCUAUACACUGACAACAUUUAGCUUAAAGGUUUUCCAUGGGGAAGAGUGGUAAGAGCUGUAGUUGGCAUAAUUGGCGUCCUCUUUAGGGUGUCAGUUCUGUGCUCCUUUGCAAAUUGUUCAGACUUUGGAUUUUCUAUUUGGUGAUGCUAGUCAGUGUUCACCUCUCAUAGAUUAGUCAAUUUUUAUCUAAAUGCAAAACAUUCUUAAUGAAACCCAUUUAAAUUAUACUUAUCACUUUAAACUAUACUUACACAAGAUCUAAAGAGGCCCUGUUGGUAAAAUUACAAAUAGAUGCAGAAGUAUUACAAGGGCCCAUUUUCUAUUUUUUAGUCUGUAAUAUCUGAUUACAAUUAUGAAUUCCAUCAUAUUGUAUGUGGGAAUAUAAAUAUCUGAAUUCUCCCAGGGGGCUUGGUUGUUAUCCAAGGAUGUUGGCAAUGAACACUCAGUUUACCUCAGGAAUUGUAAUCAUGUAGGACUAGAUUAGGAAAAAAUGCCAGAGGAUAUAAUUUUGGAUACUGACAUAAAAUCAUCAAAAUGGAAGCUAAACAGAAUUGUCGCAUGUAGUCCAUAGCACUUUGGUAUGCAUUAUUCUGUAACUUGUUUGUACUGAGGCAAUUUUUUAUACUUUCAGUGUAUCACUUAAUAAAAAAAAAUAAGUUACUUUUGUGCAAA